CAGGCGACAGAGAGGCACAGAAACCAGCCGAUGCUUUCACAAAGCCAGUGCAUCUGAUGUGAAAGUGUUUUAUUCUGCGCGAAAGGAUUAGAAUAAAGAUCCACGCGUGGGAGAGCACGAGAGAGAAGACGGCGUUCAGUUUGCAAGUGGGGAGCAGCGCAAAUGAAGCGAUGGAGACGGAUGUACUGGUGCAUGUGAUAAAUGCAUGAUUGCAUGGACGCUUUUUCGUCGAAUUCAAACGGGCGUGUGCGACUUAACAAAAACAAAUCUAUGCAAUGUUGAGUUAGAAAUAUAGCAUGCUCUGUCAAGUUAUGCAUAUUCCGUGAUAAAUAAUGCAGGCUGGUUUGUCAGCUUAGUAUCUUCGUUGCAUGUUCAGAAAUUUAUCAAAGCACCUUUUCCCAAAUUUUUACAGUUUGUUAAUGUAACGCAGAUAAUGGCUUCCUGACAAGGACCAAGCAACCAAUCCAGAGUGCCAAAUGCAAAUCUGAUAGAGGGCGAACUGGAAUUGGAAAUGGAAGACAAGCAUUUCACAACCUACCGUUUCCAGCACCACGGACAGCGACUAUGAACAGGUUACGCAGGAAAGCGUGUGUGGCUCUUCUAUUAUUCACUUUGUUUAUUUUUGGUACUAUGAUGGGCCUACGAACCCUCAAACCCACUGAUGGCUUCUCGGAUCUUGCUCCAGGAAUGGAGCUGAUGCCUUUGGUUGGAGAGCGAAUGGACCAGAGACCCAAUCAUGUAGCUGAAUCAGCGGGUCAGAAUGGUGGUGUGGGCAGUGACACUAAGAUAGUGUUCUCCAACUCUGGUCCCGACCACAGCAUAUUCUAUGACAUUCAUAUCUUCUAUUAUUUAUGGUAUGGCUCGCCACAGAUGGACGGUAGUUAUAUACACUGGGACCAUGUACUGGUGCCACACUGGGACCCCAAAAUAGCUUCCAGUCACCCUAAAGGACGACACAAUCCUCCAGAUGACAUUGCGUCCAGUUAUUACCCUGAACUGGGAUCCUACAGCUCCAGAGAUCCAGAUGUCAUUGAAUCCCACAUGGCGCAAAUCGAGGCUGCGGCUGCAGGUGUGGUGGUCCUGUCCUGGUACCCGCCUGGUGUGGCAGAUGAACAUGGCAAACCCACAGAGGAUCUAGUGCCAGCUGUAAUGGACGCUGCCCAUAGACACAGUAUCAAGGUUGCGUUUCACCUGCAGCCCUACAAAGGCCGGACGGACCUCAGUGUGCAUGACAACAUCAAAUACAUAAUUGACAAAUACGGGAAACACGGGGCUUUCUACAGGUUCAAGUCUAGCACUGGGAAGAUCCUUCCGCUCUUUUAUGUGUACGACUCCUACCUUAUGCCACCGGAGGCCUGGGCUGAGCUGCUGACCGUCAGGGGCUCUCACAGUCUCCGAGGAACUCCUUACGAUGGCAUCUUCAUCGCUCUCAUUGUGGAGGAGCGUCACAAGCAGGAAAUCCUGGCUGGUGGGUUCGACGGCAUGUACACCUACUUUGCUUCUAAUGGCUUCUCCUUUGGAUCUUCUCACCAGAACUGGAAAGCAAUCAAAGCUUUCUGCAACAAGAACAACUUGCUGUUUGUGCCUAGCGCUGGACCUGGUUAUAUGGACACCGCCGUCCGGCCGUGGAACAACCACAACACACGCAACCGAGUGAAUGGACGAUAUUACGAGACCUCGUUGCAGGCAGCAAUGUCCAUAAGGCCUGAUAUCAUCACAGUAACGUCGUUUAAUGAGUGGCAUGAAGGAACUCAGAUUGAGAGGGCCGUGCCCAAGAAGACUGUGGCCCGUCUGUAUUUGGACUACAAACCCCAUCAGCCAGACCACUAUCUGGAGCUCACCAGGAAGUGGGCAGAACAUUUCAGUAAGGAGAAAGAGCAGUGGCUUAUGUGAUUGGGUUUCGCGUUUAGAAGGUUUCCACUUGUUGUUGACAUUAUCAACGUUACCGAUUACUGUCUUUCAAUGUAUGCAGAAAUUUUAAAGGCAGCUAAUUAGCAAAGACAAGCCACCUUCUUUUUCUCUCACUCGGUCUAUUGAUAAACGAUUGAUUUACUGUCAAUUUUCUUGCUGUUUCAAUGCAAGUAUUUACAAGAACAGUCCACCCAAAAAUGAACAUCUGUCAUAAUUUUUGUGAUUACAAAUCUAUAUCUGAUUUGUGAAUAUUUUUUGGGGAAGCUGAAAACCCCUUUGCAUCAGUCCAGUCUCAUUCAGUCAAGUGCAUAUUCAUACAUGGGACAUCAUGAACAGCCCAAGACAUGCGAGAACCAAAGCGGUUUGGCAUCACUGACAUCAAACCUGGCUGGAAAUGUCUUGAUGUGUGCCAUAUUUGAUGGAAUAUGACUGUAAACACAAGGCUAAAACACCGUUUUUAUGGUAUACGUUAAUGGUUUUUUUAUUUUUGCACCUCAGCAGCAUCCAUCCUCAUUCCCUGUCAUUGUAUGGAGAAGAGAAGUGUGAACAUUGUGCUAUAUGCCUCCUUUUGUAUUCCAAGUAUGGUUUGGAAGUACAUGGGGCUGGGAGAAUUUGCAAUUUUAGCUAUUCCUUUAACAUUAGGCAUUGAAUCUGACUUCUGCUAGCAGCAACAGUGUGGCCUCAGUAUUCAAAGACUACUUGUAUUGUGACAU